AUCCAACCAUGGUAACGGCAAUGGCAGUUCGGCAAUGAAAAUCUCCGGCGGCUCAUCAAUUCCCCCGUUCUCCUUCUCUGAUGUUUCCAUUCGAAAUCCAAAUUUCUCUCCGACUGCCACAUGCCCACCUUCUCAACGGCUUCACCAUUUUCAUUUCCCCCUCACCGGAACCGGGAACCUCCCCUUCUCUUCUCCAAUUCACAACUGACUUGUUUUGUUCCUGUUUUGUUCUUCCGAUUCUGACAGAUCGAGAGAGUUGGGUAAUUGGGUCUGUUUCUCUUUUAUUGGGUUUCUCUAGUUUUAUGUGAAGAUCUUGUUGAUUUCAUUUUGACUGGGAAUUUGUAUUUUAUCUCAUAUUAAAGGUUUGGGAACUUUUCAAGUUGUUCAUGCUAUAUGUACAUGGCAGUGAAUCAUUGGAGAUAAUUUUGGAUUAUUUUUGGGAGAGGGUUAUACAUUCUCUAAGUUAUACACGAUUGUUCAAAGGGUGGAUGUUUUUCUUAUUCUUUGCCAUUGAGACUGUUGGACAAAGGAUUGGAUUUCGAGUUGAGACUCUGAGGUGGAAGUAUGGGCUGCAUUUGCUCCAAGGGAAUUCCAGCAAACGAUUAUUUUACUGAGAAUCAUUCCAAAGAGAGGCAUUUGAAGUCUAAUAGAUCAUCCAGACUUCUUGGGGCUUCAUUGAGAAAAGAAGAACCUGCAUUGCACGUUGAUGGAGGGCGAAGUGAUGCAAUGGCGCUAUUGAUAUCUAACCAACCUAGGGAAGUUAAUGCUGGAUCAACACCUGAAUUGGAUGACGCUGAGAAGGCAGCAGCCAGUGCCAAGCCACUGCGUCAAGAACAGCCAACUAUGGAGGAUGGAGCAAAGAGAGUAGGAGUACAUAAUGAUAAUGCAACACCUAGAAUAGUUAAUGUUGUUAAUGUGGAAGAGGGGGCUUUGGUUAUUGCUGGAUGGCCUUCUUGGUUGAUAUCUGUGGCUGGAGAAGCAAUCAAUGGAUUGAUUCCUAGAAAGGCAGACUCUUUUCAGAAGUUGGAUAAGAUUGGACAAGGAACGUACAGCAGUGUGUACAGGGCCCACGAUAUUGAAACAAACAAGAUUGUUGCAUUGAAGAAGGUGUGAUUUUCUAACAUGGAUCCUGAAAGCGUUCGUUUCAUGGCGAGGGAAAUUCUUAUCCUGCGUAGGCUUGACCACCCCAAUGUCAUGAAGCUUGAAGGGCUUAUUACUUCAAGGGUAUCGGGCAGUUUAUACCUCAUAUUUGAGUACAUGGAACAUGAUCUUGCAGGGUUGGCAGCAACCCCAGGGAUCAAAUUCACUGAAGCACAGAUUAAAUGCUAUAUGCAACAGCUGCUUUGUGGCCUUGAACAUUGCCAUGCCCAAGGUGUUUUGCACCGUGACAUCAAGGGCUCAAAUCUUCUGAUUGACAAUAAUGGUAACCUAAAGAUAGGUGAUUUUGGGCUAUCAACCUUCUUCCAUUCCCGUCAAAAGCAGGCUCUUACAAGUCGUGUGGUAACUUUGUGGUAUCGGCCACCUGAGCUUUUACUUGGUGCAAAGGACUAUGAAGUUUCUGUUGAUUUGUGGAGUUCAGGUUGCAUUCUUGCAGAAUUAUAUGCUGGGAAGCCUAUCAUGCCUGGAAGAACAGAGGUGGAGCAACUACAUAAGAUCUUCAAACUCUGUGGCUCCCCGUCUGAAGAAUACUGGAAAAAGUCAAGAUUACCUCAUGCCACCAUCUUUAAACCUCAACAUCCUUACAAGCGGUGUGUUGCUGAGACGUUCAAAGACUUCCCUUCCUCUGCAUUGGCGCUUUUGGAUGUGCUUCUUGCGGUGGAACCUGAUGGCCGUGGAACAGCUUCCUCUGCCCUUCAAAGUCAGUUCUUUACCCCCAAACCGCUUCCCUCGGAUCCCUCUACUUUGCCAAAGUACCCACCAAGCAAGGAGUUUGACGCGAAGCUCCGAGACGAGGAAUCUCGAAGAAGAAGAGCUCCUAUCAGUGUAGCACGUGAACAUGAAGCAGCUCAAAAGUGUCCCAGAGAAUCAAAAGCGAUUCCUGCACCAGAUGCAAAUGCUGAAUUGCAGGCAUCCAUACAGUGAAAAGUAUAUUCCUGAAGAGAAUGGUGGCUCUGGCUUUCGCAUUGAACCCCCAAAAGAAGCAACGCAAAUGGCGUCGACUGCAUUGGGUUCUUCACAAAACACGAACUGGAAUCAGCGUGAUAAUCUAAGAGGUCUUCAGUUGGAGCCAAAGGUGCAGAACUUAGAAAACAAAGAUCUUAUGUGCAGCAUGGUGGUGUAAAGUUGUCCAGGUAUUCCAAUUCCAUUGCAGUUCGAGGUGGUUCAUGAUUCGGCUGUGGGCCAGAAGAGUGUUUUAAUGUGUCAUAUAACCAUUUCAAUGGCGUUGAAUCUUCAGAAAAGCAUGAAUGGUCUCACCAUUUACUAGACACACCAAAAUCUUCAUACAAGAUAGAUGAUCAGUCAUCUGGAAAAGAGUCUACUAAGGUAAAGUAUCCAGUAAUCCAUUUUUAAUAAAGUAUUCAAUGGUUUUCUCAA